AUGGGUUUCUAUUAUCCAUCUAAAAAUGAUGAUUAUAAAAUUCGACCAACAACAAGCAAACAUCCACCAUUGCUUGUUUGUAGUCAUGGCGGUUUAACAUCAGUAACAACAAGUACAUUUACUCUUCGUUAUGGACGUAAAUUUCGUCAUGAUUUAAAAGAAAAUUGGGAAAUAUAUAAUGUUCAAGAUUGUAUAGUUGGUGAUGAGCAUCUAGUUUAG